UCCUUUGAAUUUUGUCUUUCAGAUCGUUUUGCUAGAUAUGUAAUCGGAGAUCUGAUCGGUUAUGGCUCCUUUGGCCUCGUUGUCGCCGCUACACGAAAAACAGAUGGAGCACCGGUAUGAAAAUAAAUCCGCACCCGUUUUAACUUUCAGUUGUAAACACCUAUUCAUCCUGGAAUUCAAAUACGUGGUCCUUUUUCCUUAGUGUAAGUCGGCCAAAAAUCAGCCCGCCUGUGAAAUUGCUUACCGCCUAGUUCAUGCACCUGCAUUUUUUACGAGGCUGAAUUAGCCACUUCACUGGCAAUUGACAAUGAUUUUGUCAGAGAAUACAGGCGCAAGUAAAGAGAUACUAUAAGAAUCUUAAAAAGAGGUCAAGAUAUUACUGUCGACAACCAACUGCAGUUUCAACAAUCAAAUUCGGAAAUAUAAUUAUUAUGAGGGAUUUUCACAAAUCUAUUAGAAGUUGCUGGUGUCUCUUCGUUCUCUUACCAACUACGAAAAAAAUUUCGAAAAGGUUGAUCCAAAAUAUAAUACCUCAAACCUUGCGAAAUCAAAAGUAUGCUGACUUGCCGUAAAUUUUAUACAAUUUUUGCGCACGCGUUUUGGAAUUUAGAAACGUUGUUUUUUAGGAGGCGGGGUAACCGGAGUACCCGGAGAAAAAUUGACGUCUUAGAGCAGAGAAAAGGGGCAGAGAACAGAUUCGAGCCCGGGCCAGUCCACAUUGCAGUGCCAACUGUUCUUCUUGCUCCCCAAACUUAUGUUGCCUUAAUCAUCCAUAUUAUUAUAUUAUCUGUCUGGGUGUCUUAUGAUCUUUGAUAACAAGAAAGUUUUACGAUAAUUUCUUUUUUUCCUGUCCUUCAGGUCGCAAUAAAGUUCGUUUCAAAGGAGUCUGUUCACGAGUUUAAAGUGGUGAGUUUUACACUGCACAAGUUUGGGCAGUUAAAUGGAACGAGAUAUCAUGAUAAUGGCUACACUGGAAAAUUUGGAAGAGGAACGGGAAAACCCCUUGGCAUUUUCUAUUACCGAACCGUAGUCUCAGAAACACUUGAUUUUACGCAUCUUGUACUUACAAUAAGUUAUCUGAUACAAAAGACAAGGCUGAGAAGUACAAUGUGUCCUUCACUUGAAAACAAGCGACUACAAAUAUUUUUUUAUGUCCUGAUGAGCGCCAUUUGUUAGAUCCAAACAAAAUAUAGUCCUUCGGUAACAAAACUAGACCUUAAAUUUACUCUGCAACAAUUCUCCUUCAAACAGGGUCACGUUAAGAAAACUAAUCCAGCAGUUUAAAGAAACUAAAGCUAACCAUUUCCUGUGCUCUAUGCAGAUUAAUGGCAGACCAGUUCCAGCUGAGGCCUAUCUUCAAAACAAGACACGCCACUGUUACGUGAUCAGGAUGUACGAACUUUUUACAACGAACGAACACUACGUUUAUGUGAUGGAAAGACCAGAAAUUUGCAAAGACUUGUUUGACAUCCUUCAGGUCAGGGCGACACUGACAGAGAACGAAGCGAGAAGGUACUUCUCUCAGAUCUUGAAGGCUAAUAUUUGCUGCGAGGAAAAUGGCGUCCUCCAUAGAGAUCUUAAACCAGAAAACAUCCUGGUUGAUAUGCUCCAUGACGAAGCUAAGCUCAUUGAUUUUGGGUUGGCUUCUGAAGUCCUAGAGGAACCUUUCCUGAAAUUUAGAGGUAUGAAUAAGCUUUCUUAAAUGCAUUCCAACCUAAAGGUACGGGAAAACGGGCAACAAAAAAUGUGCAACUUGUUUUGUGACUUGGCUGCAAAACGAGUUGAAUGGCGAUGUUGCUCAUUUCAUCACCCACGAAAAAAAAACUUGGAAAAACUUGGAACCUUAGUUUGUUGCAAGACAGGCUCGAAUGUGGGUCGGUUAAAACGCGUUACAUCGCUAUUUAACUUGUUUUGAAGCAAUGUUGCAAAACAAAUUGCACGUUUUUAGUUGCCGAUUUUACUUUAGCUUAACACGUUGUCUCAUGACUUAUGAGUGUAAGCUUACAGUGAGAGGAAAAUAUACGAAUUGAGCCAGCAAGAAAACAGCGCGAAUAUUUUGUUAUUUUUCACUCUUUAGGCUAGUUUAUCAGAAUACUGAAUACUGAAAUAAUUUUACCUAAUGGUUGCUUUAAUUAUAAUAAUUCUUAAUGUGGUGAAACAUAACUGAAACCAGCGUUUAGCGACGCAUAAAAAUGAGAAAAAACUUUUUCAUUUGCUGAUUGUUUUAGGUACCAAAGCUUACACACCACCCGAGUACUUUAGUACAGGGAAGUAUGACGGAUGUCAAGGAACAGUGUGGCAACUGGGAAUUUUGUUGGUUGAGAUGUUAUCUCCAGUCAUGGCGUUUGAUAAACCUGAGCAAGCUCUAACAGCGGCACCUAGAAUCCCAGAAAAUCUCUCCCCAGGUCAGUAUGAAAUGGAAAAUACAAGCUUCUCUCUC